AUGGUGAUAAAGGAAUAUGAAGCAGCCUAAAAAGAAUUAGACGAUUAUGAGAAAUAAACUGAUGAUCUAGAACAGAGCUGUGACAGAUUAUUAGACUAUUUCGUCAGAUUUUUUAUCUAUCACAUUUUGUAUUUUGUGGUACUAGGCCCUUUCACCUUUAUCAUUCUAAGAAUAUUUGAGACAAAAGAGCUAAUGAUAAACAUGGGAUUUUACGGAAUUUCAAGAUCUUAUUUGAUGCAAACUUCUUAAUGGCUGUCAUUGAUAAUUCCAUUAUAUCUACACAUUUUCGACAAUGAAAAAGGAUAACUUUCUCAAACAAUGUUGAUAGUUGCACUUGUAUAAGUAUUAUUAAGAUGUAUGAUAGUUGCUGUCAGGUAUGCAACUACUGUCUCCUCUACACUCAAAAUUCAAUAGGAAAGAAUUUUAACAAGAAGCGAAUUAGAGUCUGAAUGGAUAACAAGUGGCUGGAUGGAAAUAAAGCCAGUUUUAUUGGAUAAGGAGAUAAAGAGUUGCAUGAUUAGAAAUGAGGUAGAAAAUGUGUUUUUUAAGAUCAAGUUUUUUAGCAAAGUUAGCAAUGAAGUUAGAAAUAAACUUCUUGAUUAUAACUUCUCUAGAGAAAGUACGUAUGAUAUGAAAAAAGAAAGAUAAAUGUAUAAGUAAUAUCAAAAAAUCUUUUUGUAAGAAUCAAACAAGCAAACUCUUAAGUCAAGUAAAAGAUCAGAAAAGCACAUCAUUCAAGUAGGUGAUGAUCAAAGUAUUCGCUUAACUUAACUAGAGGCUCCAAAUAAAGAAGAUUUAUAUACAUUGUAUCCUGGAAGAUUAGUGUUCAGGGAGCUAUUCUUAAAAUCAAAACAUUUCGUAAAUUCAUACACGCUGAUUCACUUUAUCCCUUUACGUUUAAUUCAGAGUAUUCUUCCUCUAAUAAUCGAAUUUUAAGAAGACUAAGCUGCAGAAAAUGUAGACAAAAUUAGUCAAAAGUACUAUAAUCAAACAUUCUGGAUCUAUAAUAUCCUAUUACUGUAUUUCAAUACAUUCAUCUGGUCAUUAAAUAUAUACUUCCUUGCUAUCGGAAAUUAGGAUAUGAAAAGAAGACUCGUUGCUAUGUAUUAAUGUGAAGCUAAUCUUGAACCUAACAGAUAUAAAAUAAAAGAAAAAUAUAGGAACUUCACUUUAAUCAAUUAUUUUGAUGCUAAGUCAUUACUUUCUUGGAUGGAUAUGAGAAUGAUGUAUCUAGAUAUGGGGUAGCGAUUUUUCGUAAGAUUUAAAGCAUUUGCCACGAUAUAUCUUAUAUUUUAUUCUUUGGUUGGAGGUCUUUUCCUAGCCUGGUAUUUCGUCUUAUAUGAGCAGCAUAAUAUCUAAUUCUCGUUGAUUUUGACUGUUGGAUUAGACUUGAUAAUAGUUUUCCUUAUCCUUUAUGAGCUUUUCAAUGUUGGAGCUAAAAUAAACAGCAUUUCAAAUAACCAUCUCUUAAGAUUGAGUGAGAUAAAAAGCAUUAUGUAAAGAAUAUUACAAGAGUGGGAUUAUUCUAUAACCUCUCAAGAAACUAGGGAUGCACUAUUGAAUAACACCUAUAGGGAUGCCUUUUUAUACUUCUAAUACAAAAUUGAGGAUGUUGGUGAGAAAUACGGCAAGCGAAUGAUUAAAUAGUCUAUGAGUGUUAUUGAUAGUAUCUAAGAGCGUCUUUAAAAAGAAAUAUAGUUCAACCCAAUCACGAUUUUGGGAAUUCCAUUAAAUAUGACUAUCAUUAAUGCAAUCAGAACAUCGUUUAUUUCCCUGGUAUUUGCAAUGAUCAAUUUCAAAUUAAAAAUUAUCUGA